AGAUAAAAACACAGGCAAAGGAAGGAAGCGACAUUAAAACACCCGUCUCCUGACGAGCUGUCCUCGGCUUGUCUUUCGCCCUCCACGGCAACGUCUUUAACCCCGGAUCUCCUUUCUUCUUCGAAUUAUUUUAGCGUUUUAUAUAAUACGUUUAUUUUAUUUUUAGUUGUUGUGUCCCAGCCGUCAAGAAGAAGAAGAAGAAGAACAACAACAACAACAACAGCAGCAGCAGCAGCAGCAGCCUCUGACUUUGACGCAGGAUGCCUUCAGAGAAAAGCUUCAAACAAAGACGGACAUACGAACAAAGAGCCGAGGAUGUGCGUCUGAUCCGAGAGCAGCACCCUAACAAGAUACCUGUGAUCAUUGAGAGAUAUAAGGGAGAGAAACAGCUUCCCAUCCUGGACAAGACCAAGUUCCUGGUGCCGGACCAUGUCAACAUGAGUGAGCUCAUCAAGAUCAUCAGGAGGCGCCUCCAGCUGAACUCAAACCAGGCGUUCUUCCUGCUGGUGAACGGCCACAGCAUGGUGUCCGUGUCGGCCGCCAUCUCAGAGGUGUACGAGCGAGAGCGGGACCAGGACGGCUUCCUCUACAUGGUCUACGCCUCCCAGGAAACCUUCGGCUCGGCCACGACCAUCCAGUGAACCCACGCCCUUCUCCUUCUUCUUCUCCUUCUUCGUCUUCGUCUUCUUCCACCAGGCCGGCGAUUGGACAAUUGUAGUUUUAAGCCCCGCCCACACCUCCGGGAUUCUUGCCACGAGUCUUUAACGGUAAACGAUCAUUUCUGCAAUGAGAGAAAACCCCCCCUCAAAUCAGACCAUGACUCGGGCCAACACUCUCUAACUGUGUGUCUCUGCUUCUGUGUCGUCGUCGUCCUCUUCUGCUGAGUCGGUGGCAGCGCCGCCUGCUGGUGGUGUCAGUUAUUUUUUUCAGUGUUAUGGUUACGUGUCUCCUAGGCUGUAAUGUAAACUUGCCGUCUAUAGAUCCACAGUAUACACACAGAUGCAGUUUGAGACGAGCGCCACAGAAUUAAGGGUUCAAAGAUUCAGUUGUUUUUAAAUGAAGCUUUUUAUCACAGGUUUAAGUUUUUUUUAUUUUUUCUUUAUUUUUAUUAUUAUUAUUAUUAUUAUUAUUGUUACAGUAACGUUUGCCAGAGAAAAAUGUAAACACGACCCUUGUAAAUCAGCGUGUCCCUGCUGUGUGUCUGUGUGUGUCCUGCCUUGUAGCCUAUAAAACGUCUUCUUUAACUGUAAACGGGGGACAAAGUUAUUAGGAAACUGCUUUGCUCUUGAAACACAUGAUUGUAGGUUUGUAAGAAGAAGAAUAGAAUGCUGUACAGAUAGUGUGGAUUUUAUGGCUUUGAAUACAGUGAGAGUGGAACCAAGUCGAUGUUUGGAGGCGAGUGUUCAGGCGCAUGGUGUGACUGCAUGUGUGAUGGAUGGUUAAUGCUGAUUUGGGGGGGGGCACGGUUGCUUCUCCUUUUUUAUUUUUUAGCAGGUAAACAAACGUGUGAGCUGUAAAUGGAUGAAGGUUUCCCAGCUUCCACUUUCCCAGUGUGUUUCUAAAGGAGUGCACUCUAAAAAAAACUAUUUUCAGUGUCCUGUUAGUCAAUAGUUGUGUGCUGCUGUUUUACUCCUUCAUCCUCAUCAUCCUCAUCAUCACCUCUUUAACAGACCUGAUGUUUAGCUGUUUUUAUAUCGCAGUCAUUUUAUCAUCUUGUUUUUAUUUAAUAUCAUUUCCAUGUCCUGGUUUGUCACCGUCUACCGUACGUGAAGUGUUUUUCACCACUGUGUAUUUGUGACAGAGGGGCGGAGCCUUUGCUACAGUGCCCUCCUCCUCUGCCUGCUCCUCUGCUCUCACUCGCAAACCCACAUGCAAAUAGCAAUAUCACUCAGCCUCCUCUUAUGUAUUUAUGUUGGUAUUUUGUAAACAAAUAAAACAGGAAUAAACAAUAAAGUAUGGGAAAUAAAA